AUGUCCGCCGAACUCAAGCAAAGGUCUACGACCGCUACGAAGGGUGCGCAGGCCGCUCCCAAAGAGGAGUUCGCCGAUGGUAACAUCCCUGAUGACUAUGUCUCUCGCGUGCUUGCCACCGAGAAGCCUCUUCCACCUGUUCAGCUCAAGAACAUCCUACACGAGAUCCAGUGGGUCUCCUUUUUGGCUCUUACCGUCACACCCAUUCUCGGUAUUUACGGUCUCUUCACCACAUCAUUCAACAAGUACACCUUCGCAUGGUCCGUUAUCUACUACUUCAUGACCGGUCUGGGCAUCACCGCUGGUUACCAUCGUCUUUGGGCUCACCGCGCCUACAACGCAUCUCCUCCCCUCCAGUACUACCUCGCAUGCAUGGGCUCUGGUGCCGUUCAAGGCUCAAUCCACUGGUGGUCGCGUGGCCAUCGAGCCCACCACCGCUACACCGACACUGAUCUCGACCCGUACGGAGCCCACUUUGGUCUCUUCUGGUCGCACCUCGGCUGGAUGCUCGUCAGGCCUCGUCGCAAGCCCGGUGUGGCUGACAUCUCGGACUUGCGCAAGAACCCCGUGAUUAAGUUCCAGCACAAGUUCUACAUCCCCAUGCUACUCUUCUUCGGCUUUGGUCUGCCCACCCUGGUUGCAGGCCUCGGCUGGAACGACUGGCGCGGAGGUUUCUUCUUCGCCGGUAUGCUCCGUCUCGUCUUUGUUCACCACUCGACUUUCUGCGUCAACUCGCUCGCCCACUACCUCGGCGAGGCCACAUUCGACAACAAGAUGACGCCGCGUGACCACUUCUUCACCGCGCUCGUUACUGUCGGCGAGGGAUACCACAACUUCCACCACCAGUUCCCCAUGGACUAUCGCAACGCGGUCCACUGGUACCAGUUCGACCCAACCAAGUGGUUCAUCACCGCUAUGAGCUACCUUGGCCUUGCUUCGCACCUCAAGUCUUUCCCCGACAACGAAGUCAAGAAGGGUCGUCUCGCGAUGCAGCUCCAGCAAAUUCACAAGGAAAGCCAGCAGCUCAAGUGGCCCAAGUCUUCGUCUCACCUUCCCGUCAUCUCGUGGGACGACUUCGUCGAGGAGUCCAAGACCCGCCCUCUCAUGGUUGUCCAUGGCUUCAUCCACGAUGUCUCUUCGUUCCUCGAUGAGCACCCCGGUGGUCGUCACCUGCUCACCGGCAAGAUCGGCAAGGAUGCUACCACUGCUUUCCUCGGCGGUGUCUACGACCACUCGAAUGCUGCCCACAAUCUGCUCUCCAUGAUGCGGGUCGGUGUCCUUGAUGGAGGUUACCAGCUUGCCAAGGACGAAAUCGCCAAGGCCGAGCGCGAGAACCGCGCCGUCGGCACCUCGGCAAACCGACCUGCCGGCGCACCUCCUUCGCCCGUCACUUCGGACGACGAGGACUUUGCCGCUCCCAUCACCCCCACCGAUGAGGCACCCAUGACAACCACAAGCACUGUCGCUGCUGCCUCUGAGCAGCUCCAGGCCCAGAAGUCUGCCGAUGGCGUCAAGUCGAUCAGCCCCAAGGCAGCCGCCUACGUCACGCCUGGCGAGGCUUACACCGUUGUCAAGCGCGGUGAGCUCAAGACUAACGCCAAGGUCGACGGUACCAAGUUUGGUCGCUUCCUCUAA